AUGCAGACGGAAGUGUUCUUCCUGGGACAGCUGAGGCACCCUCACCUGGUGAAGCUGAUCGGCUACUGCUACGAGGACGAGCACAGGCUGCUCGUCUACGAGUUCAUGACCAGGGGCAGCCUGGAGAAGCAUCUCUUCAAAAAAUACGCUGCGUCGUUGCCAUGGUCAACACGGCUGAAGAUCGCCAUUGGCGCUGCUAAAGGGUUGGCCUUCCUCCAUGAAGCCGAGAAGCCGGUCAUCUACCGGGACUUCAAGACCUCCAACAUCCUGCUGGACUCGGAUUACAAGGCGAAGCUGUCGGAUUUCGGUCUGGCCAAGGACGGUCCGGAGGACGACGAGACGCACGUGUCGACGCGAGUCAUGGGCACGCAGGGCUACGCGGCGCCGGAGUACAUCAUGACGGGCCACCUGACGGCGAAGAGCGACGUGUACGGCUUCGGCGUGGUGCUGCUGGAGCUGCUGUCGGGCCGCAAGGCGGUGGACAAGACCCGGCCGGCGAGGGAGCAGAGCCUUGUGGAGUGGGCGCGCCCGUACCUGACGGACGCGCGCCGCCUGGACCGCGUCGUCAUGGACCCCAACCUCGCCGGCCAGUACUCCGCCCGCGCCGCGCACAGGGCCGCCGCCGUCGCGCACCAGUGCGUCGCGCUCAACCCAAAGUCACGGCCACACAUGUCCGCCGUCGUCGACGCGCUCGAGCCGCUCCUCGCGCUCGACGACUGCGGCAUCGUCGGGCCAUUCGUCUACGUCGCGCCGCCGGAGACGGUCACCAAAGGGGACGAAGCGGCGGUGGGUAAUAAGAGAGGGUCCGGCAGACGAGGAGGCCGGAGGAGGUCGUCAGGAGAAGGCGGUGCGGCGGCCGUCGUGCGGCCGGAGGAGUGAUCCGUCCGUCCAUCCGUCGUCGUCCGUGCUAUCUGCUAAUUAAUCUGCUAUGAUGAAGAUGAUGAUGAUGAUAAUUGUGGUUGUGGGUUUGCUAAUAUUUAAGCUAGCAGGUCCCUGGUGUACGUACGUAACUGGCCGUGGCCGGAUUGUUGUUGCCUGAUCGCAUGCAGCUGGCUGAGCUAUCGAUCGACCGAGCAGCAAGCAGGGAUCGGUGGAAGGUUAACGUCGUUUGUGUGAUUGAAACUUGAAAGCAGCUGCUUGUGUUUGGCUUCACGAUCGAGCACGUAUAUAGGUACAAGUAUACAAGAGGUUUUGAAGCGUGUGUAGUGUGUGUAUGUACAUAUAGGAUUUAGCAUCUCGUAACAUCACUUACAUGAGCAUCGACAUUUUUAGUUACUUUUCUUCAUGGUUUGGCAGAUCGAUAUGGAAAAGGAUAAUAGAGUUUGAAAAUAAUGAAAUACUCGUGUAUGUGCAUUGAAA